AAGUCGAUCAUCAACCGCAAACAAAGACAUCCCAAACCCAAACGACUUGUUUUAUGUAAAGGUGAAAGCCAGGGGCCGUGGUUAAGCCCCCAAAGCACUCUUCUGUCCUAUCACAUGGCAGCUUCACUUAUCCACCAUCACCAAAUCUUCUGCUACUCAAACCCAAAACCCCAUUUUCAUUAUACAAUCAAAACAAGAACAAGACAAUGGUUUCUCAACACCAAUCCCAACUCUUCAACUGCCCACAAUAUAGCUCGAUUCUCUUUCAUUUGUUGUACUUCUUCGUCUCCGCCGCCGGAUACGGCUGCGCAGACGCCGGAGUCAUGCGUCAAUUCUGGACUCUCUCUCUUUUCCAAAGGAAGGGUUAGAGAAGCUCUGGUACAAUUUGAUACAGCACUUAGCUUGAAUCCUAAUACUAUGGAAGCUCAAGCAGCACUUUACAAUAAAGCAUGCUGUCAUGCUUACAGGGGGGAGGGAAAGCUAGCUGCUGAGUGUUUGCGCACUGCUCUUAAAGAUUAUAACCUUAAAUUUGGGACCAUCCUCAAUGACCCAGACUUAGCCUCUUUCAGAGCUUUACCAGAAUUUAAGGAACUACAAGAAGAGGCUAGACUUGGCGGUGAGGAUAUAGGCGAUAGUUUCAGGAGAGACCUCAAGCUCAUUAGUGAAGUCCAAGCUCCAUUUCGUGGAAUCCGGAGAUUUUUUUAUGUAGCUUUUGCAGCAGCUGCAGGAAUUUCCACUUUUUUCACAUUACCCCGGUUGCUCCGAGCAAUUCAAGGAGGUGAAGGUGCUCCUGAUCUAUUAGAGACUGCUGGAAAUGCUGCUGUAAAUAUAGGAGGCAUUGUUAUUCUGGUGGCACUGUUUCUAUGGGAUAAUAAGAAAGAGGAGGAGCAGCUUGCACAAAUAUCUCGAGAUGAAACUCUAUCACGGUUACCUUUACGUCUUUCUACUAAUCGGAUUGUUGAGUUGGUGCAGCUACGGGACACUGCUAGACCUGUUAUUCUGGCUGGCAAGAGGGAGAAUGUUUUUAUGGCAAUGCAAAAAGCUGAAAGGUUUAGGACUGAGCUUCUUAGAAGAGGUGUUCUUCUAAUUCCUGUCAUUUGGGGUGUGGUUGAGGCAGCUCCAGUAGAAAAGAAGGGCUUUGGGGGUUCUGCGAAGGCUGCUGCUGCUCUUCCUUCUAUUGGGGACGACUUUGAGAAACGAGCUCAGUCUAUAACUACAAAAUCCAAGUUGCAAGCUGAGAUACGAUUCAAGGCUGAGGCUGUGUCCCCUGGAGAAUGGGAAAGAUGGUUAAAGGACCAGCAAAAAUCAGAAGGAGUCACUCCUGGUGAGGAUGUAUACAUAAUACUACGCCUAGAUGGUCGGGUUCGCAGGUCAGGCAAGGGAAUGCCUGACUGGCAGCAAAUAAUACAAGAGCUUCCUGCUAUGGAUAAUUUGUUAAGCAGACUUGAAAAAUGAGCCAUUGUUAACAAAUUAGAGGUGUGUGCAAUCCAGAAGAUUUUGAGAUCUCAAGUCUUUUGCCGCUCAACAUCCUGCAUUACAGUGUAGAUGAAGAUCUUAUAUAAAUUUCAUUUGUUUUUCUGUUGUGUACAUGUUUUGCCAUUUUGAUGCCAUGAUGUGCAGUUUUAGUUUUCUGUUGUAUAGCUAAAAAGCCAUUCCUGUAGGCUACCGGAUGCUGUGGAUAUCAAUUUGAUUAUAAAUCAGAACGAAAAUUGAGUUUAAGCCCAUACAAAUACAAUUUUUAUUCCUCUGAAGUGUGUACCUAAUAAGUUCAAUCCUCGGGACAUCAGAAUUAGAGUUGUAUAAUGUUUAUAACAAUCAGAUUAUCUCCUUCGAUAGCAAGCUUAAAAACACCGAAAUUCUAUGUGCUAAGAUAAGGCCAUACAGGCUACUUUUGCAACCAAGGGAGAGGAACUGAGGAAAGCUCCAGCAAAAGGCUUGAGUUGCCAAAACUUAGCCUCAAGUCAUUGCGCAGCAUUACAUUAGCUGUAUUAAAGUUACUGGAAAUAUUUUAGUAUUUAUCAGCCAAAUAGGCGUAAAAAUGGAAGCCAUAACAUAACUUAUGUUUACUCUGAAUCAUUCUAUUUUGAAAUUUGAUCUUUGAUGAUGUAGGUGUCUAACAAGCUUUUUUGGUUUAAAUCUUGAGGGUACAAUCAAAUAUAUGAGAUCGAAUUUUGUCGCAUUAUUUUCUCUUAACACUUUCUUAAUGACAAUACUAAAGAUAUUUUUUAAAAAAAAAAAAAAAAAAUCUUAUCAAUUUUUUGAGGUGACCUUUGAAAUCAUUAUUGGAAAGAUUAUAUAAAACAGAAAACAAUCAAGGUAUCAACCUAGAAAAUCUUUAGGCGUCAUGUCAUAAUUGUGAUAUGGCUAAUAAUUAGAGUAUAACAUAUUAACUUAAGGCAACAACAAUUAUCAUUGUCCGUUAUUCGUCUAAUUGGAAACGGUGGAUAAAAUUGCCUCUAAUAUUAUGCAAAAGAGGUGGAGAAUAGGGUACCAACUACUACAAGGAGUAAUAAAAUAUGGAACAUUCGGUCAACCCAAGUUGGAUAUGAACACAAAAUUUAACAAAACGCUACAUAAAAAAAAUAAAAAUAAAUAAAUAAAUAAAGAAAUAAAAUAAUAAAAUUUAUCCACGUUAUUAGAUCAUAGCAUUAUGCCAUUAUCUACGUCUAAUUUAAGAGAAGGGGAGGGAGACCACUUGGUGCAAUGGCACAAGAGGUUUCUAGUACCCUCGAGGUGCGAGGUUCGAUCCUCAUUAGCAACAAAUCCAACCUCCUACCCCUUUAAGGCAAUUUUUUUUUUUUUUUUUUUGUGAUAGGAGCUUUCGUUGGGGCUCGGUUGACCUUAAAAAAAUAAAAAUAAAAACAAUUAAGAGAAUAGGGCAAUUUUAUUGUAAAAUCGAUUGUAUCAUGUGUAUGACAGUAUGAGUGUACAAGCCAAAAAAUAGUUUUAGUUGUAACGUACUUCCAAUUUUGACUUUAUAGUUUAUAGAAAAGUGAGGUUUUGUGUUAUCAAUCUGGGCCUUACAUAAUGGUUAUGGAUUAAAAGGGGCUUUAAUUAUGAUCUUUUGCUAGUAAUAUAUCAGAUUUUUUAACAAACGAAAAAAUUAAGUCAAAACCAUUUGAAUUAGGAGAUUUAUUAGCUUAGUGUUGAUAAGAAUCAAUGACUAUUUUACUCAAAAAGAAUUAAUGAUUAUUAGAAAGCUGUACAAAUGUUGGUCAUAAUGUAUUAAUGUAAGCAAAAUCUAAUCAAUGAGACAUACCACAACUUACGUGCUCUCAACAAUGUUAGUUUCAGUCAGAAUUUAAGUUGUUGUCUACAACGCUAAACAAAAAAAAAAAAAAAAAAAGGUUGUUGUCUACAAAUUGCUAAGUCGUAAGUACUUAAUUAACAAUUAUUUAUGCUAAUACCGUCCAGCUUCGUGCCCUCAACUAUGUUAAUUGAAGAAUCCAAACCAACCUAAAAUUUUAUUUUAUUUUAUUUUAUGUUAAAGUAUUCUCUCGUCCACAAAUAAAAGUCUCAUUUCACCAAAAACUCUGGUCUCUAAUAAAAGUUUCAUUUCACUUUUAUCUGUACUUUAUAUUUUUAAUUCAACAAAUCUCACUGUCGUUAAUUUAUUCACUUUAAUCUAACCAAAUCCUACUAAUUUGUUUUGUUAUAUUUACCGUUGAUAAGCCAAAACCCAAAUCGUAUUUCACCUUCCUAAAAACGCGUUCUAAUGGUGAAUGAGACUUUAAUUUGGAAUGAAGAGUGUAUACAAUGAACAUCAUAUUAGUUACAACCUUCGUGGCACCUACUAUGUUAGUUUAUCAAGUCAAAGAGCAUCCCAAGUCAGCUGUCACCACCAGUUCUACAAGUUUAAAAGACACAACAUAAAAUAGAAUACAACCCAAAAAAAAAAAACAGCAUAACCAAAAACGCAGAAGAAAGAUCACAAAAAAGUAAAACAUGAGCAUGAAAACAGCAACCUCUUCUCUUGCCCUUCUCUUGGUUUUCUCUCUUCUUACAAUAUCGAGUUCUUUCAAAGACAGCAACGAGUAUGCGAUGAGUUCAGAGGUCAGCCGACGUACAUUACUAGAUGUCGAAAUCUACAUAUCCUACUCAGCCCUGGAACGUAAUCGUGUUCCCUGCUCGAAGGCAGGCCUGAGUUACUACAACUGCGCUUUUAAUGAAACUGAAACUGCUAAUCCUUAUGAACGUAACUGCCAAGAAAUUACUAGGUGCCAACGUUCUUAGUCAUUUCUGUCAUUAUUUCUGCAACUUCGUAAAUUCUUUGGCAGUCCAUCUUAUGUAUGAUGGAUUUAUUGUUUGUAUUAAUAUGAUUAAUAACGCGAUUAUUAAGAAAGUGUGUCUAUUUGUUGCAGCAUAAUGUAUUACCCUUAUGUUUCAUUAUUUGAUAUAGUUGAAAGCUAUUUUUUACUUUUAA